AUGUUCGAUCAACCCGUCUAUACAGUGACUACAUCAAAUUUUUCGAUUGUAUCACCAAUCAAUACUACUUUAUUUACAUUUUCUCUCCAACCUCAAACACAAAAUACAAUACCCGGUUAUAUAUCACUCGCUCGAGCUCUGAAUAUUGUCGCUGAUAUUCGUGUGACGUGGACCGAUUCAGCAUUUCUUAUUGAAAAAUUAUCGAAUUUUUCUUAUCGAGUUGCAACUAAUAUCAGCCCAUUGAACUAUUUUUCACCCUAUCAUCGAUAUUUAUUCACCAUCACGGCUACCCAAUUGUUGCCCGGUCGUCCAUCAGUAUCAUCAACAGCUAUUGCACAAAUCGAUUUGGACUAUUGUAAUGCUAAUGCUCCGAUAUUUAUUUAUCCGAGUCAAACAUAUUCCAUCAGUGAAGCACUAUCUGUAGGAGUAGCAUUUGGAACAGUUUUUGCGACAGAUGCGGAUAAAGAUUCGAUUACAUUUUCUCUAACACCAGCAUCGACACAAUUCACUAUUGAUCGAUUCACAGGAGUACUAAGCUUAAAUCAAGCUUUUGGAACGAUACCAUCCUCACCUAUUUCUCUUACGGUUACUGCAACUGAUGUGCCGUCAUUGGACUGUUCAUUACCGUGUCCAAGUUGUGCCGCACGUAGCAAUUCGAUAACGAUUAUCAUCAUUGUUAUCACAGCUAAUAAACAACCACCAAGAUUUUCAGAUCAACCUUGUAAUUUAAAUUUUUCUCUACGAGAAGAUUCUCCACCAGGCACGAACAUUACUACGUUGACAGCCGUCGAUAGUGAUCAAGGCAACAGUGGUCAAAUAAGUUUCUCAUUUCCAUCAGAACAACGGCAAACACGACUCCUUAUGGACAUAAACGCUCUUUGUACAUUACGCAUUAAUUUGAUUGAAGCCAAUGAAUAUGCACCAGUUUUUACUUCAACAAUAUGGAAUCAGACUAUCUAUUCAACGACAAAUUCCACAGUGCUGCAUCUUGUCGCUUAUGAUCUCGAUGCUGGUACUAGUGGAAUGAUCAAUUAUUAUAUUGUUGGUUCAACUCAAGGAUAUUUCGUAAUUGAAAGUAGCACGGGCAUCAUUCGAUUUGAUUCGCGUGUGACAUUUUUCAAUGUAGAUCGUAGUUUGUUUCCUAUUCGUUUCACUGUGUUCGCCCAAGAUCGUGGAUCUCCACCUCGAACUAGUUCACCAAAUGCCACCGUUGAAAUCUAUUUGGCUGCAAACAAUACAAUACCCUCCGUUCAAUGGCUCAAUCCGAGCAAUGGAGAACUUAAUUUAAUAAUAAGUGAAAAAUAUUUCGAAAAUUCUUCAACAAAACUCAUAUCAGAUAGUCAAAAUGGUUUUAAUGGUUCGAUUUUAUAUCGAUCGAACAGUCAAACUGCUUAUUUGUUUUAUGUUUCCAAUACAUCGCCCACUACUACUCUACCAUUCCGAGAGAUUACAACAACCGUAAAUAAUGCUGUCUUCGCCAGUGGCAUUUCGGUUACGAGCGGUCUAGAUGCUGAAACUCAGGCAACCUAUCUAUUGGCUCUUCGUGUUAUCAGUAAUCCACCUCUGCUCGGUUUGGCAACUAUUAAUUUAAGUGAUGAAAAUGAUGAAAUACCUCAAUUCAGUGUCCGGUCAUUAGAACUUAAUAUUCUUGCAACUCGAGCUGGUACACAAUUCAUCGGACAAUUUCUUGCUCUCGAUCGUGAUUUGACUUCGCCGAAUAAUCGCGUUCAAUAUCGAAUUAACAAUCAACUAACAGAUGAGAUCACUCGUAAUCGAUUUUUCCUUUCCGCCGAUGGUACCAUUGUGACAAAUGCAACUUUUGAUCGACAGAAUCGAUCAAUUUAUCACAUCAUUAUCACCGCUUUUGAUGGUGCUCCAGCUUGGAGUACAACAACGAGUAAUACGGAAGAUCUACAGUUGGAUAUCAACAUUGUCGAUAAUAAUAACCUACCACCAGGUAAAUAUCGAAACUAA